AUGAAAAUCUUGCUUAUUGAUGAAAUACCAGUGAUUCAGCAUGCUCGACCUUGCAAUGAACUACAUAACGGAUACCGAGCCAAGUUUUUGACCAUAGUAUACUGGAUAGCCGCGACUUAUGUUUUGGCCGAUGUAUAUUCAGCUCAACUAACAAGCCAGUUUGCGAGGCCUGCUCGCGAGCCACCAAUUAAUACUCUUCAGAGCCUGCAAGCAGCGAUGAUUCAUGAUGGUUACCGGCUAUAUGUUGAGAAGGAAAGCAGUUCAUUGGAGAUGUUGGAAAAUGGGACAGAACUGUUUCGUCAGCUUUAUGCUCUGAUGAGGCAGCAGGAGCUCAAUGACCCUCAAGGAUUUUUUAUUGAUUCUGUAGAAGCCGGAAUUAAACUAAUUGCAGAAGGCGGUGAGGACAAGGCAGUGCUUGGAGGGCGUGAAACACUAUUUUUUAACGUUCAGCAAUACGGUUCAAAAAACUUUCAGCUCAGUCAAAAGCUCUACACACGUUAUUCGGCGGUGGCCGUACAAAUUGGAUGCCCCUUCCUAGGAAGCCUUAAUAAGGUGUAA